AUCUAAUCAGCUUUAAUGGAAGUCCCUACAAAACCCCACCAAGAAAGUAACCCUUUUUAAACCCCCUUUUCAUUAGUUUCUAAUAAUCAUUAUUUUAGUUGUUGGUUUUAUUAUUAUAUAAAGUAUAAACACACCCACCAUUUUGUUCUGUGUCUCUGUUCUGGAUUUAGCAGCCAUGUUUUUGUUGAGUUUUCAGAAACCAGAGUCGUUUGAAAACGGUCUCUUUUUCUUCGAUUAAUACAGCAGAACAGAAGGCAGAAACAAGCUCCAGCUUCUCGCCCCACCAACAUCAAUUGUCAUUGUACCUUCCAGAAUGUUUCCUGUUCUUAGCAUUCUCUUGAUAUGGAUGUCUGGUUCGGUCUUUAAUGUCGCCUCUGCUUCUUUCAAUCUUACAUUGCCCCAUCAGCAUCCUGACCCUGAUUCUGUUGCUGAUGAACUUCAGAGGAGAGUCAAUGCGUCCAUAUCGAGAAGACAAAUGCUAUCCCUGGAAUCCAAGGAUGAAGCUUUCUCCUGCCUCUCCGGCAACCCGAUCGACGACUGCUGGCGGUGCGACCCGAAUUGGGCAGCUAACCGGCAGAGACUCGCCGACUGCGGCAUCGGGUUCGGCCGCGACGCCGUCGGCGGCAAAGGCGGCAAGAUCUACAUCGUCAGCGACUCGUCCGAUUCCGAUCCGGCGAACCCAACUCCGGGCACCCUCCGCCACGCCGUCAUCCAAUUCGAACCCCUGUGGAUAAUCUUCUCCGCCGACAUGACCAUAAGGCUCAAAUACGAACUCAUCGUGAAUAGCUUCAAAACCAUCGACGGCCGCGGCGCCAACGUCCACAUCACCGGCGGCGGCUGCAUCACCAUCCAAUACGUCUCCAAUAUCAUCAUCCACAACAUCCACGUCCACCACUGCAAACCCUCCGGCAAUGCCAACAUAAGGUCGACUCCAACCCACGUGGGACAUCGGGGGUUGUCAGACGGGGAUGGGAUCUCGAUCUUCAGCUCUCGAAAGAUCUGGAUCGACCACUGCUCGCUAUCGUAUUGCACAGAUGGGUUGAUCGACGCGAUAAUGGGAUCGACGGGGAUAACGAUAUCGAACAGCUACUUCUCGCACCACGACGAGGUGAUGUUACUAGGGCACGACGACCGGUAUGUCCAGGACUCCGGGAUGCAGGUCACCAUAGCGUUUAACCAUUUCGGCGAGGCAUUGGUGCAGCGGAUGCCACGCUGCAGGCAUGGCUACAUCCACGUCGUCAACAACGACUUCACGGCUUGGGAAAUGUACGCCAUCGGCGGCAGCGCCCGCCCCACCAUUAACAGCCAGGGAAACCGCUACACUGCUCCUCUCGACCCCAAUGCCAAGGAGGUGACGAGACGUUUGGACGCCGCGGAGACGGAUUGGUCGGCGUGGAAUUGGCGGACGGACGGCGAUAUUUUGGUGAACGGCGCGUUUUUCGUGCCGUCCGGCGCCGGAGUCAGCACCCAGUACGGCAAAGCUUCCAGCGUGGAGCCCAAAUCCGUCGCUCUUAUCAAUCAGCUCACCAUGAACGCCGGCGUUCUCGCCGCCCCCAGGUAUAAUAGCGGUCAAGGCAUUGUAUAUCCAGGAUUUAGUGGUAACAAUGAUGGCAGUGGCAUUGGUGAAUAUGGUGGGAACACCGUCAUAAAUAACAGUCCAAUAGGUGGAAAUGGUGGAGGUGGUGAAGAUGACUUCUACGGAAUGAUAUUUAAAGCUGGUGGUUACAGAGUAUCGUCCUUGCCACCAUUGUCAAUAAACUUAUGGAUACAAAUUGUAAUAAUUUUGUAUAUAGUUAUGAAUUAUUGUGGUCUAUUCACUUUAUAGAAAGACAGAAAGAGCUCUAAAAAGCUCAUAUAAUUAAAUUAAGUUAAAUUAUAUAUAUGCAAAAUGAAAGGGGAAUUUGAGAUUAUUUCAAAUUCUUUGGGGUUUUUUUAUUUUUCUUGCCUGAGAGUAUGAAUGUAAAUGAGAUAGAUUGAGAUAAUUAAUGCACAUCUCUGAAAAUUUCAUUUCA